AUGCCGAAGCGAUCCUUGGACGCCAGCAACCUGUCGCCCACAAUGCAGACUGAACGGGCACAGAAGAAGACGGAGAGAUCUCACGAAGAGAACCAAGAGCGUGCGUACAUUGCCGCCUCGCGGCGCGCAGACCGCAGCAUCGAAGCCCGUGUCCAAUCCGCCAAGAUGGCCAGCGAGAUCCACAAGAAGCGUACCGGCAAGGGAUUCAAGAUCUCUGAAGCUAUUGUCCAGGCCGAGGAAAUGUACGAAGAGGAAGAAGAUGACAUGCCUCGCUCUUACCGAAUGCUGGCAGCUCACCUCCAGACCGGUUCUCCAGAGUUUGACUACCGCGUUAAUGCCUUUCUGGCUAACCGGGUAGCCAUGGCGAGCAUGGUAGCCGGGCUCCGCAACGAGGAAUGGGCCCAAAACCCAAUCAACAAGAUGUUUGCCGAGCAGUUCCCGAACGCCAACAAGCAAGCACAGGCUUUGUCUCGCAACAUCACGAACUCGAUGUACUCCGUCCCUGGGCAACGUUCCAUGUCGCAGUCGCAACCCUCGCAGCCCGAGAACGCGGUUACGAGCCCUAUGUCCCCGAGCUUUUCGUCCGUAAACUUCCAGCCCGAGAACCAGCGAUACCAACGCCAGAGAACACAGUCAGUGGCGUCUCCCAUGGACAUGGCCACACCGGUGGUGCGAGAUCAUCCUCAGUCGCCGCCAGCAUUGUCUCCGUCAUCGGACGCUGCUGCUGGCACGCCUUCGACGCGAACCGCUUCGACUUUCCCUUCGCCCAUGACAACAAUCGACCACAGCCUCUUCUCCCCUGAGUCGUCGUUUACUGCUGAGCUGCCGAUGGAUGCGAAGAUGAUGGUACCCAACUUGGACAUGAAUGAUCCGAUGGCUCAAAUGUUCAUGGGCAACCCGCUACAGCAGCAGAUGUACUAUCCGGACACUCAUUCGAUGGCCGACCUGAAACAUGAGCAGCACUUGAAUGAGCUUACGCUUUCUUCGCACGAGUACUUCAACGGACACGUGAACCCUUACGCGUCCCGCUUUGACGAACCGAGAAGCGAUGAUGCGACCCCGGGACCCAAUGUCAACGACAAUUGGGACGCUUUUCUUGACUUUGGCGAGCAGUCUGACUCUGGCGCCAUUGACCCGACAUUGUAG